AGCUGAACGCAGACGAGCAGUUAGCUGGAGCAGCAGGCUGCUAUAUUGUCAGAGCCUGAAGCAGACACAGCGUAUCUAUUAGAGCACGCAGGAGGUGGAGGAGAAUAAACAUUCAGCUGCAGCAUUAGAAUGCCAGCCCCGUGCACCAGCCUGGCAGGGCAGCAGAGGGAGUGGAGGCAGGCUGGCAGGGCUGCAGCACCAGAGCUGUCCAACGUAACAGAGGAGGGCAAUAAGAAGAUGGACGGCAUGGCCAGGAAACAGAGAGGGGCCGUGUCCAAUGGGAUGUCCAAAACGGAGCACAAACGAACAGCCUGUGCCCCAUCUUUGACCACAUCAGCACAGAUCAGUAACCACAGAAGACAUGGAAACACCACAGAGUCACAAGCGGUAAAAGUGGAUGAGAGACUGCGACUGGCCCGUGAGCGAAGAGAGGAGCAUCUCAAACAGCUUGCGUCCCGGGAGCGAGGCUGGCUGGCCCGGGAGGAGAGGGCAAGGAGGUACUAUGAGAAGCACCUAGAGGAGCGUCGGAGGAAGCUGGAGGAGCAGAGGCAGAAAGAGGAAAGGAGGAGGAUGGCAGUGGAGGAGAAACGCAGGCAGAGGCUCAAAGAGGAGCGAGAGCGGUAUGAAUCUGUGGUGCGGAGAACCAUAGAGAAGAGCCAGAAAGCCAAACAGAGAGCAGGCCACUCUCAGAGAGGAGGGAGUAGUGCCAGGAGCAGCACAAAUGCUAAACGCCGCUGUCUUAGUCAGUGGGAGAUAGACCUGGUUAGUCGCCUUCAGACACCCACAAUCUCUUAUCUAGCCAGAAGCAGGAGCGCUGUAUGUCUAUCACGAGGAGAAGUUGUUCAUGUUUGUCGACGUUCAGCCUCAUGCCACUCUGUGAGCUCCAGCGGUCCGCAGAAAGUGCGGCAGAGCUGUGGAACGGUGCCACAGAGGAGAGUCACUGGACCUGAAAUGAAGAACAACCACAGAGCCUGCAACAAGGAGCCGAGGUCAGCUGGUGACCUGGAGAAAAGAGAAUGGAAGAAGCCACAGUCUAACACAUUAGCUGCUAGAGUGAACUCCACAUUAAGCACAGGCUCGAUCCUACAGGACAAAACAAAAUCCUCAUUAACAGGGCCUUCAGUGAGACCUUCUCCGAGACAAGUGUCUCCCAGACAGGAGAGUCUUCCCCCCCUCGCUGAGGAGGAUCCAGAGUCAGAGAACGUGCCCUCCUCCGAUCAGCCUCAAGCUGACCAAUUUUUGCAAGAGGACGCUGGACAGAAUGGUCCAUUCCUGGCAAGCCCCGCCUCUCCACGGCCUCUGGCCCUUCCAACCUGCCCUCAGAUUUCCAAUGUGCCGAGUUUGAUCAGUGCUGGAGGCCAGAGCAGACCCUCAGCAGGAACCACAGACCCUGAAGAGGCGUCACGCCUGCUGGCGGAGAAGAGGAGACAGGCUCGGCUGCAGAGGGAGAGAGAGGAAGAGGAACGCAAGCAGAGGGAGGAAAUGGAGAGGCGAGGGAGAGAAGAGCUGGCCCGUCGGAGGGCUGAGGAGCGAGAGAGGCAGGAGGCAGAGGCCCAAAGACUUCAGGAGGAGAGGAAGAGGAAGGAGGAGGAAGAACAAAGGAAAGCAGAAGAGGAGAAAGUUCAAAGGCAGAGAGAAGAGGAACAAAGACUUCAGCAACAGAGAGAAGAGGAGGAGGCUCGUCAGAGGCUGCUGGAAGAGCAGCAGAGGCUGGAGAGAGAGCAGCGAUUCCAGAGAGAGGAGACCGAGCGGCAGGAGAGAAAGAAGCGACUAGAAGAAAUUAUGAAAAGGACAAGGAAAACAGACACUGCUGAAAAGAAACCAGCUUCACCCAGUAUCAUAAUGAAAGACAGCCUGCCAAAUGAGAAUAUGAAGCCCAUUCACAGUCUGCCAUUAGAAGAAGUCAUCAAGCUGCCCGGUCCAGUGAAGGCCUCUAAGAUGGCUUUAGGCAAUGAGGAGGACAUUCUUCCUGCAGUGGCCUUCAAAGAGCGCAGAUCUCUCCGCACACUUACAGGCCUGGAAGAGAUCCAAGCUCAUCAGCGUGCGGAAGUCAUCUAAAGAUGAAGAUAAACGAUCACAAGAUCUGCAAGGAACCUGCAAGCCUGUACUUUCUUUAUGGAAGAAAACAGAUGCAGAAUCGCUUCUCCUGCACUUUAAGAAACCCUCUACGACACAUUUCACACAUUUGAAGUAAGACAGAAGUGUCUGACCCCUGUGGCUGUACUGCCUCUGUGUGUUUUGGGGCCACGCCGCAUGUUCAGUUCAUGCUCUGUGGGAAUGUGGUAAGGCACACUUCAAACUAAUGGCUUCACAAUGUUUUACAGCGCAAUGACCUUCACCUAAAGCCUGAAUAUGCCAUAGGUUUAGAUUUACUAUGUGAUGUUUGAGGUGUUGUGUUCAGAAAUGGUAACUGUUUCAUUUAUAAUCAAUAUAGAGAUUAAUGAACAGACUUGUUACUCACAAAACAAUCACAAGACAUUUUUCCAAUAGUCCGUAUUUAAAGGGAAUUGCAUUGAUUUUUCAAAAGUUCUGCAUAAUUUAGUGGUUGAGAGGUAAACAAAGUCAUUCAGAGAGGCUCGAUGUGAAAUGGUUCACUGUAGAGAA